GUGUCACCAUCAGAAACCUGUGUCAUAAUCAUAGUUGAAAAGAUUUCACAGAUUUUAAUUUUACCGUAAAACCCCCAAAUAAUGUUAGUUAAUAGUUGUGGGGGUGAAUAAAAACCGUUAAAUUUCCAUCAUGGCCGAUGCAACGUCGCACAUGAACAGCAAUCACAAGAACUUCCAGAGCUUUAUUGAUAAGUUGUCUUCCAACCAGUGCAGCAUCAUCACCAAAUUCGAUAUCCUGUCCAAAAAUGUGGACGAGAUGAGAAAGAUUUUAGCCCAGCUUUCGGAAAAGAUGGCCGCUUUGGAGGAAAUUACAACAGACAAGAAAAAAUUGAAGGGUGAUAUAAAACAGCUGAGGAGUAGGAUAGACGAGUUGUACGCGAUCGUGAAGGACGGGAAAGAGGACGAGUCGGUAAAGAGCGAUGACGUGCGUGAUGUGGACUCCUGUCACUCCGGGUUCUCUUGUUCCUCCAAGGUAGCCAUGACAACCGGGAUAGACCGGGACACGAUACGAUCAGCAUACGAAGAUGUAAGGUCCGACGCCUCACCCACAGAAUGGGCGGUGUUCAAGUUUGACGGCGCGCGGAUCAUCUGCUCGGCGCGGGGCUCGGACUUCACCGAGUUCCGCACGCAGUUCGCAGACGACGAGCGCGCCUUUGGAUACCUCAGGCUUCAAAUGGGUGACGAGAUGUCUAAGCGCAAGAAGUUUAUGUUCGUGACGUGGGUGGGGCCCAACGUGUCCGUCAUCAACCGCGCCAAGAUGUCCACCGACAAAGCCAUCAUUAAGGAUAUCAUUUCUAAUUUCGCAGUGGAGCUUCAACUGGAAAGUCAAUCGGAAAUAGACAUCGAUCAAUUCAAAGACACCCUAAACAGGGCAGGCGGCGCCAACUACGGGACUGGGAUCAGAGAUUUAUGAAUUGAAUAGAAAGACGAAGCCACCUUACCAAAGUAUACGUUUUUAACAAAGCAAUACAUACUUCGUACUACAUAAUAUUAUUUCUAGCAGAAAAUUUGCAGUCUCAUAUCUGUGUAAUAAAGUUACCAGGCAAAAUAAGCAGUGUCGAUUAUACGAAUGAAAGGCACAAGGUAGAAAUGAAAGGGUACUUGGAUAUUAUCUUUAUCAACGAUUAGAUGCGGAUAAACCACGUUUCUAUUGCUUAUAUUAAUUUACACCAUCUAUUCCUUGUCAUAAUGUUAUUUCAAAGAGGGUAAACUGAAUAUUUUACGAUGUAGGUAUUGCUUUGUUAGGGUAUAUUUUGUGUGAAAGGUAUAUUAAAAUUCAGGUCAAAAGUGGCAUAUUCAAAAAAAAAUAUUAGUAGAUUAAAGUAAUCGUAAAGGAUUUAAAAAAUUUUGUAAUGUUUUUUAUCGUAUUUAAAUUGAAACUUCGAUUUAUAUUUUGUAUUAAUAUAUUGUGUGACAAUAUAUUUGUAUAAGUACCUACUAAUAAUAUUUCUCGGCAGUAAUAUGACUGAAAAUCUUUGUCUGCUAAUCAAUUUUUACUGCUGCAUCUUGCCCUUUUAAUAUUUAAAAAAAACCUUUGUGUAGAAUAGUCGACUUUUUCUUUAUAAAUACUUCGAUUUUUUAUUUCAUAUCAGUCUGUAACUAACUUGUUAUUUAUUUUUCUUGACGACGGAGAUAUAUUUAUUUUUUUAACGAUUGUAAAAAAAUAUUUUUAUUCAUGGACUGAUUUUUUUACAUAAUUAGUUAACCUUAGUUUAGUGGCAGGGUGCAAUAUUCACAAUUAUUUAGAAUGAGAAUAACAUAAUAACUGCGAUGUUGCCAUGUGUAAGGCGCCAAAGUGCAUUUAUUUUUGUCUACAUUUGUAUACAAGCAUUGGGAUUUUACUUGCUUUUAUACCUAUACAUUGACUAGUAUUAUAUCACCCUACAUAAUUUUUGAUGACAGGUAAUAAAAAUUAACAAAACAA